AUGCCGUCCUCUUUAGGUUUAGACAAGCUGCGGAGCCCUAUCUCCAACGACUUGAAGGUAAGCAUCAACAACGCUGACUUCAACAUCCACUCCGCACUGCACCAGGCCUACCCCGACGUCAACGCAGCAUGCCAUUCCCACAGUAUCCCCGGAAAAGCCUGGUCUCGCUUCGGGGUCGCCUUUGAGGCUAACGAGGGCGAGAGAAUUGUAGCAGCGUUGGGCAAUAUGCGAUGCUCUGUCUUGAAGGAUCAUGGACUUUUGACGACGGGGAAGACUGUCGGUGAGAUAGCGUUCCUGUAUUCUCUAAUGGAGAAUUCCUGUCGCGUGCAGCUGCUGGCUGAAGCGGCCGCCGCAUCGGAGAUUGAGAAACAUAUCUGUUCCCAAGAGGAAGCGGAGUAUACGUAUCGGAUAACGACGCCCGAGGCUUAUGUUGUUGGAGUUUCAGCCUGA